CUUUGCUUUGCGUUCUUUUAGUCGAACCACACCCGACAUUUCGGCAUAACCAUUUAUCAAAUAUCAAGAACAAAUAUAGCAAAUCCCUCACUUUUUUCCACUUUCAUCUUCAUUGAUAAUGUCUCGUGCGUGGUCUCCUCCUUUGGAUGUCAAUACAAGGACCAUCAACACCUUUUCCAUUGUCCGUGCUCGACCAGAGCAUCUGGAUGCUCUCUAUGACAUCCAAAUACGUGCCUAUCCGGGUAUGACUAAGUUUCAUGAAAGCCCUGAGGUCUUUCGGUCUAAACUCAAUAUCUAUCCGGCAGGUAACUUUGUUGCAAUGGUGACUUCGUCUGUUGUCACAAACGACGAUACUUCCACAUGGGACAGUCAUCAGGUCGAGAAGGAGGUGGACGAACAAGAGCAAGGACAGGAAGCAGCGAAAGGUGAUGCUCAAGGGGCUCAAGAGGGCCUGGAUGAAGGGGCACAACAGGAAGAUGAAGAGAUCCAUGGUAUUACGGUGGUAGAAAUUACGGAGACAGCACCCGAUGGAUCAAAUAUCACAACUACAACGACUUCGACUACGACUGAUUCUGACACAACUUUAGAGGAAGGAAUGCGUAUUAUUCGAGCCCGCACCCCUGAUAUCGUGGAAAAGGAAGAUAAUGAGGAUGAGGAAAUGAGGGACAGCUCCUUGUUCUCUUCCUCAUCUGGCCUUCUCCAUCCACGAGCUGCUACAACUACUGCUGAUGCAAACCGCAAAGGCAGCGAGGAUGGUAAUACCAAGACCUCAAAAGGCAGCAACAAUUUGGAAGCCCAUGGUCAUGCCCAUGCCCAUACCCAUGACGAUGAUGACCUCAAUAUGACGACAGUCCUGUUUCAAUGGGAACAACCUGUUGGCUAUUUACUUUCACACCCCUUCAGCCGUGAGUCUGUUACACUACACCGUGUCGGUGGCUGGACUGAUAAACCUAAUCAGGCAGAAACAACAACCUCGAAGAGUGCUGCUCCUGCUUCUGAGGAGGAAAUGUUAUCCAGACCCAAAAAGAUUCGAUUAGAUGAAGAUCACGAUACAGAUAACAUCCAGGAGAUCACCGAUACAGAUAGUGAUGAGGAGUCUUUCGAACAUGAUCCAUGGAUGGAAAAGUAUUAUAUCCACGACUGCGCCAUCCAUCCAGAUUGGCGAGGCCAUGGUUUGGCACGUAGGUUGUGGAAGGCUCUUGAAGAAUCCUUGACCCCUAGUCGUGAUCAAGACCAGGAUCAGGACGAUAAAGAUCUCGAUACUGUGGACGAAAAGCAAAAUCAAAGACAGGACUUCAUGGAGACCGAGGAGCAACAGCAGCCCCAUCACCGGAGUAGGGAACAGGGACAUAAUGAACAGACAGAUCCUCAUUCACGCCGCCAUCACCGUCAUAAAGGACGUCGCGGGCGAUCCCAUCGCAAGGGUGCUCCUAACCUUAAAGAGAUUGCUCUAGUGAGCGUGUGUGGCUCAAAGCCCUUCUGGGAGCACACUGGCGGAUUCCGGGUUGUGCCGGACCAUGACUUUGAUCUUGGGUGCUAUGGUGAUGAGGCAUUCUUGAUGAGCAAGCCGUUUUCGUUCUAAAGAUAUGUUCUCAUUCUCAAGAAGAGAGCAGAUCUAAACCUUGUAAAUCAUUAUCCACAUGCACACACACAUUCAUACAGGAGAUCACUCUAGUCAAUAUGUUACAUAAAUUUUUUUUAACGCGACUGAUGGUUGCAUCAAUUAAAUAAUUGAAUAAUUGAAUAUCCA